CUUUUCAAAUAUUCAACCUUUCAGACUACAUUUAUUGGCUAGAUUACUGUAAUCCAAUUACUUUGCAGUACUUCCAUUGCAUGCCUAUAUAAUAGAGGGGUUCAUUAUAUAUUAACAAGGGCACAGUAAACUCAAAUAUUAUAUCAGUGAACGCAUCUCUGAGGAAAUUAGUGGUAAAACCUGUAGACUCGAAGUACAUCAGCUGAGAAACACGAUGACAGACUGGCACAAGAAAAUCAAGAAUUAUUUGGGUGAGGGUACCUAUGAGUGUACAUUGGAUGACAAAGUGUUUAAGAAGGCAGUUAAAGAGUUGAAUGAGGACCCCAAACAACGAGCCUUACAGAUAGAGGCCCUCAGACAAUGGGUUAUUCAACAACCACAUUUGAGAAAUACCAGAACAGAUGACAUAUUCUUGUUGCGGUUUUUACGCCAUGCCAAAUUCAGUCAACUUAAAGCACAGAAGACUCUGGACAACUUCUGGACCGUUCGGACAGUGGAAGGAAAAGGCGCCCCAGAAUGGUUUAAAAAUAUGGACCCCAAGGAUCCUAAAAAUGAAGAAAUAUUGGACAUUGGGAUGCAGGUGCCCCUACCUGGGAGAGAUGACAAUGGGAGGAAAGUCAUUCUGGUGAGAACAGGUGGCUAUGACCCAUACAAACAUGACUUUGGCUUCACAUUGAAGACAGGAUUUAUGAUGAAUGAUAUCCUCCUAUUGGAUGAAGAGAACCAGGUCCAUGGAUUUGUUAUUCUCCUAGAUUUCUCAGAGUUUGGAGUGGCUCAUGCAACAAAUUGGAACAGGGAAAUCAUUGGAAAGGCAAUGAAAUGUUGGCAGGAUGUGUACCCAACAAGGAACAAAGGAGUCCACUACUACAACACACCAACAUUAUUCAAUGCUCUUAUGGAAAUUUUCAGAUUUUUUAUGAAGGAUAAAAUGAAAAACCGAACGAAGUUCCACUGGGCCAGUUUGGAAUCACUCCACAAAGACAUACCGAAGCGUAUGCUACCUGAUUACCUAGGGGGCGAGGCUGGCACCCUGGAAGAUCUUAAAAAAAGUUGGAAAGCUGAAGUUAUGGCCAACAGGGAAGAAUUACUGUUGAAUGGCAAGUAUAGUGUGGAUGAAUCAAAGCGACCAAGUGAUGAUGGAACACUCGGAUUACAAGGUUCCUUCCGCAAACUUGCGGUAGACUAAUGCAUUCUGGGAUUAUUUCAAACUAGACAAUCAGCAGUGCAGUGAUGAACUAUAUGUUAAUGUACAUUGUCGUAGCGGCAAUAAAAGGAUGGAAUUGUGUUUUAAGUGGUGCACUCAACUAAAUUGAACAAUUUGCAUCUGUUAUACAUCACAUCAGUAAGCAGUUACCCAGACUGCUUGUACUUCUCAGCAUACCAUAACAUCCUUAUUCUCUGUAUUAAAGCCGCUUUAUACUAUUAUAGAAGUAUGAGAAGUCUGUUAUGGGAUCAUUGACAUAUUCUUGCGUUAUUAGACUUAUAAUACAGAUUGGAGACUCCAUCAUGGAACAUGCCAAUAGAACUUGCUAUAAAAUAUGCCAUAGAACAUACUUAGAACUUGUUAUCCAGGAAUGCUUGACUGCAUCUGACUCUAAUGAUCUCAUCUGAAAGAUUUUAAAAGUCAUAGAGUUAUAAGAUGGACUGGUCACUCUAUUUAAAAUAGAAAUUACCCAGAAAUUAAACUUUGUUUCCCAGACUUCCAGAAUUUUAGCCUGGAAAAAUUGGAAAACAUAACUUAACAGGGUGAAAAAUUGCAGAAACCUGGAUGCAAUCAUAAUGUACUUUCUAUAAUGAAUGUAUUCUGAAAAUGUACCAGAAUAUUUUUUAUUAAUUGUUAUGUAUAUUAAAAUGCUUUCAGUUUACUCACAAAACUCAACAUUUUACUUUACUCAUUUCUUGGGUUUUCGUUAUGUCCCCACCACAAGUGAUGACAUAUACAGUUAUAGGCUUCAACUUUUAUGUGGAUGAUGUUUGGCAUCUGGCGUCCAGAAAUCGG